AAAGUAGGAGGAGCCACGAAAUAGGGAGGCAGUGCCCUGCGCUUAAGUAAAAGUGUUGUUCUGAGGCGCAGUGCAAGUGCAUAGCUUGGGAGGAUAACAGGGACGGGGAACUUUGCACGCACAGGGAAACCAUCCUCCCUUGUGGGGUGAGCGGUGACAGUCAGGGGGACCCUAUGGUGGGAUUAGUCUGCAGUGACUGAGAAGUGACUGACUGCUGCAGGGUGUUUAGCUGCAGGGAGCUCUGACGAGAGCAAUGCGAUGUGGGCUCGGGUCAUGCGCCGGGAAAGAGGCUUAUAAUAUACAUACUGAGCUGAGGUCAUGUCUGCAACUGCAUGGAGCUGCCUAGGGAGGAGAAGGCAGUCAGGCGGAUCUGUCUAUUGCUGAGCUCCCAGGACACACGGGCAGGCAACAGACUGGGCGUGUAAUUGUGCCAGGACCCUGUAAUAUCAUCCAAAUGCAGCACCUACCUUCAUCCAUUCCACUUGCAACUCCAAUAUUUAUUCCUGUCCAUCUACUGACAUCGCCUCAUUGUGGGCACCCUGUUAUGGAUUAUUUUAAGAAAAAAAGUGACUUUCUUCAGUAAUGCCUGCUGUCAUUGAAUUUAGCUGAAGAGGCAAAUCAGUGCUGAAGUAAAAAGACAGAAUGGAUGAGGUACAUGGGCAUUUGGGAAAUAUACUCUGCAAGCUUAAAGAGGAAGGACUUCAUUCUGGAGCUUCAGCUGAUGAGCGCUUAACAUUUCUAUGGACUCUAUACCAGGGGAUUCAAACCAAGUUAAACACAACAAGUAAUGAGCUGGAGGAGAUUAGACAACAACAAGCUGAAGAAAUGAAAGAGGUAGAAAGCUAUGUGGCUCACAUCCGGAGCCUUACUGAAGAGAGGGAAGCACUCACAACAGAUUUUGAAAAGGAAAAUAUACAACUCAAGGCCGAACUAGCAGAACUGCACCAUCAACAAGAAUCACAGCUGAAGGAAGUGGAGGAAAUGCUGGACCAAGAAGGUUUGAAUGACAUUGCCAGCAGCAGCCCCAGUGAGCAAGUUGCCUACUUGUUGGUUGAAAGAGCAACUUUAUUGGAGAAAUUGGAUAUUUUAGAAGAGCAAUUGGAUUCACGCCUAAAAAGUUUGAGCGGUUUAAACAAACAGGGGGAACUGGAACAAAUUCAUAAGACAUUAGAGGAAGAACUUUAUCAACAACAUGAAACUAUGAAGCUCACAAAGGAAACUCUUACUAAGGCACAGCUAUCCCCUGUUGAGAAUCCUUGGAAGAAGUUGUUUGGAAUCCAUAAAAAUUCAGGCAAACUGACUGCUGAUCAUUCUACAUUUGAUGAAGAGAUUGCUAAAGAAAAGAAAAGAAGGGAAGAAUUGGAAAGAGAUUUGGAAGAAGCAUCUCGGAGGCUACAGAUGGCACAUGAUGAGAUCCGCAAACUGACUGAAGACUUGCUUAUAAAAAAGAAGGAAUUAACUGAGCUCGAGCACAUUUUGCAGAAGAGACAACAGGAUAAUGAUGGGCUAAGCAAAGAACUGAAAAUGCUUAAAGAAAAUGAUUUGCUGGAACUGCAGAAAGCAAAAGACCAUAACAGCAGACUGGAUAAAGAAAUUCUAGCAUUACGCAAUCGUAUUAAGUUGCUGGAUUUAGAAAGGAAACAGAGCCCAGAGCAAAUUGAAAUAAGCAAGAGUGAAUCUGCAGAGAAAUCUCAGCCAAGUCAAGAAAAGGCCCUCCAGGACAAUGAAUUUCUUCAUAAAAGAUAUCGGCUUGAAAUUGAAGAAAAAGAAUGCCAGAAUAAAGGAUUGCUUCAUAAAUUACAGAAGCUGCAGAGCAAGUUUGAUGAAAUUGUGGAGCGCAAUGAAGAGCUGGAAUCUAUUUUGGGAGAGGCUCAAAACCAAACAAAGGAACAAAUCAAUUACCUAGAAUGUGAAAUUGAAGGUUUACAAAGAACAAAUAUGAAUUUAGAGGCCCAGCUGACCAAACUGCGUGAAAAGAAAGAUGCGACUAUUAACGACCAAGCGAAGGAACACCAUGUCAAAAAGGGAGUGGAUAUACAGCAGAUUUCAUCUCUUACCAAUGAGAGCAAAAGGUUAAAUGAGAAGCAGACAUCUAUCGAAACGCUUAAGGAAAAAGAACAGAUUUGCCAUCAGUUACAAGAGAAGAUUAAGAGUCUUGAGAAUGAGAUAGAAGCCUUGAGCAUCACACUAGCAGAGAGCAAAAAGAAAUGUGAAAUUCUGCAAAAGAAGAUAAAUGAAGGUAUGGGAGAGAAUCAGAAACUUUGGGAAGAGAACAUCCAGCUGCAACAUGAUGUUAACAGCACAAGGCAGGAGCUCCAAACCAAACGAGAAGAGAAUGCACGGAUAAAGCACGAGAUUUUGAAUAUGCAGGAAAAAGUGCCGAGACCACAGAUCUGUGCUGAUGGAGCAGAAGACAUAGUUCCAAAUCUCUUAGCAGGAGAUGCUCUGAUCCAACAACAACACGAGGAAAUCCGCCAGCUGCGCCAGGAUCUACACAGAGCCCAGCAUCUGUGCAGCUCGGCAGAGAAAGAACUACGAUAUGAAAGGGACAAAAACCUGGAUAUCAAGAAGCAACAUUUCUGUUUGGAGCAAGCCAACACUAUGGUCAGUGCAGAAUUAAACCAGCUCAAACAGAAAUUUGCUAAUGUAACUGCAACAUGUUUAAAACUUGAAAAUGAACUGGAAAAGAAGCAGCAGCGGAUUAAAGAGAUGGAACUUGAGGUACUCAAACAAAACCAGAUAUCCAAACUACAGAACAAUUGGCAAGAAAAGCUUGAACAUGAAAAGUCUCGAGCCCUUGAAGCAGAAAAAAAGAUAUUGGAACUGCAGCAGCAAUUAAGAGCUUCUCGGCACCAACUGCAGCUUCUACAAACCCAAGCAGCAGAAAGAAAACACUUAGAAGAAGAAAUGAAAAAGGUCAGAGAAAAUGAGACCACAUUCAGGAAAAAAUUUCAAGAGGAACAGUUGAAACGAAAAGUUUUGGAACAGAGCUGCAAAGAUCUUAAGCACCAAAUGGGAAUUCUUCUUGACAAAGAGACAGUAUUAACACAGAAUAAUUCUGCCCUUCAGCAUAAAAUUCAUCAACAAGAAUCUCAGCUACGUACCUUGGACGAUGUACAAAAUGUGUCUGCAAAAGAGCGGAUCCAAAUUGAGAAUACAAACCAGAAACUGACUGAGGAGCUUCUACAUGUGCAGCAGGAGAAGGAACAGCUGCACAAAGAAUUUGAGAAUAUCCUGAAACAGCUGGAUGAAUAUAUUCGGAAAUAUCAUGAAAAGCAACUGCGACAUAAAGCAAAGCUUAGCCAUGCAAAGGAAGUUCAUACCAAUGAAGUGAAUCAGCUGGAUCUGCACAUUAAACAGUUGGAAAUGGAAAUUACAUUAUUGAAAAGCCAUGGUGUAAAGGAUCAGCAGUGGAUCAACAAAGUUACUACAGAAAAUGAGCAUCUCAAUGAGGAGAAAAGAAUUUUGUUACAGAAAAUGAGUGAACAUGACGCGUUGGAAAGAAACCACAAAUGGGAAUUGUUAUCCGCUCAGAACAGGGCACAUAUACUUGAUGAAGAAAACCGAGAAUUACAGGAAGGUCUGCUUCAGCUUUAUAACCAAGUCUCAUCACUGGAUCGAGUAUUAAAGAAAAUAAAAGCUCUCAAUAUAGAGGAAAUUACAAACAUGAUACCAUCAGAAUUACACAUUCUACAACUGCCAAAAGCAAGUUUUUCAGCCAAUGGAAACUCCAGUUCUUCUGGGUUACUGAAAGCCAUUGGAAGUAUACAGACGGAGGAACCCAUGGACUACAAAGAGCCACUGUCUUUUUCCAUCACCCCCACUUCAGAUAUUGGAUAUUUAAAUGUAACUUCCCCAGGAGUUGUGGCUACAUUCCCAGAACCGACCCCGAAUGAAGGGACAUCCAGUGAGAAUGUGUGAACCUUACUCCAGGUUUUAUAGACAAGGCUGGCUUUUGGGGACAUUUUCAGUUGCCUUCUACAGCCUUGGCGAAUAGCUGCUAACACAUGACAUUAAAUGAAAGCUAAAAACCACGAUUUAAAAUACUGCAAAUAAUCACUGGGUAGAAACACACUUUUAAUGUUUUUCUAAGGUUUUUAUGUUUUCUAAUAGAUCAUUAAACUUUUUUUAAAAAAAUAUAGUGUUUUGUAAAAUUUUUAUUUUUUCAUGUUACAUGAUAAUGAUCAAGCAGCAUGAUCUGAUAGAUUAAGAGUUAACAUUUUAUUUUCCACACUGGAACAAUUUGUAUAUUUUGCCCAUAGAGCAGAAUGGCAUCUGGAAACCCAUUAUCCAGAAAGCUCCGAGUUAUGGAAAGGCCAUUGCCGAUACAGCCCAUUUUAAGAAAGAAUUCAAAUUUUUAAAAAAAAUGGAUUUCCUUUUUUCUCUGUCAUAAUAAAACAGUACCUUCAGUAUGGUGUUGAAACCCGC